UUGUUGUCCUAUAAUACUAAAUCAACCCGUGCUCACCAGAAACACGUCAUAAAUCCAUCGAAGGAAUCUUCAGUCAUCGGUCAAGGUUUCUGUCAUCUUCUCUGACGGAGCAAAGAGGUUUAGGGGAGAAAAUGCAGGAACCAAAAUAAAGUACAUUUAUGAUUUAUUUUAUUUGAAUGCGUUGUUCUCGCUCUCAUUUAAACCGCCCGGCCCGGGGAUAAGUGUAUUCUAAUGUGUCUGUACUAAUGGUGUCUGUCUGUACUAAUGGUGUCUGUCUGUACUAAUGGUGUCUGUCUGUCUCAGGGAGCUGAGCAGUCUAAAGGAGAAGAAACACAACCAGACCACUGGCUUCAUUGGACUGAAGGAUCUCCACUGUGUCAAGGGCUGCUACCCUCCAAGCCUGCUAAAAGCCUGGGACUCCUUCAACACACAGAGAGGAUCAGAGAAUGACCGGCCAGAUUUCUUCAAUGACGAGCAGCUGUUUCUGAUCCUGGAGUUUGAGUUUGGAGGCAGAGACCUGGAGAACAGUAAUGGACAGGUGAGGAGACUUGGAGAACAGUAAUGGACAGGUGAGGAGACCUGGAGAACAGUAAUGGACAGGUGAGGAGACCUGGAGAACAGUAAUGGACAGGUGAGGAGACCUGGAGAACAGUAAUGGACAGGUGAGGAGACUUUCAGAACAGUAAUGGACAGGUGAGGACACCUGGAGAACAGUAAUGGACAGGUGAGGACACCUGGAGAACAGUAAUGAACAGGUGAGGAGACUUUGAGAACAGUAAUGGACAGGUGAGGAGACUUGGAGAACAGUAAUGGACAUGUGAGGAGAACAGUAAUGGACAGGUGAGGACACCUGGAGAACAGUAAUGGACAGGUGAGGAGACCUGGAGAACAGUAAUGGACAGGUGAGGAGACCUGGAGAACAGUCAUGGACAGGUGAGGACACCUGGAGAACAGUAAUGGACAGGUGAGGAGACUUGGAGAACAGUAAUGGACAGGUGAGGAGACCUGGAGAACAGUAAUGGACAGGUGAGGAGACCUGGAGAACAGUAAUGGACAGGUGAGGAGACCUGGAGAACAGUAAUGGACAGGUGAGGAGACCUGGAGAACAGUCAUGGACAGGUGAGGACACCUGGAGAACAGUCAUGGACAGGUGAGGAGACCUGGAGAACAGUAAUGGACAGGUGAGGAGACUUGGAGAACAGUAAUGGACAGGUGAGGAGACCUGGAGAACAGUAAUGGACAGGUGAGGAGACCUGGAGAACAGUAAUGGACAGGUGAGGAGACCUGGAGAACAGUAAUGGACAGGUGAGGACACCUGGAGAACAGUAAUGGACAGGUGAGGAGAACAGUAAUGGACAGGUGGGGAGACCUGGAGAACAGUAAUGGACAGGUGAGGAGACCUGGAGAACAGUAAUGGACAGGUGAGGAGAACAGUAAUGGACAGGUGGGGAGACCUGGAGAACAGUAAUGGACAGGUGAGGAGACCUGGAGAACAGUAAUGGACAGGUGAGGAGACUUGGAGAACAGUAAUGGACAUGUGAGGAGAACAGUAAUGGACAGGUGAGGACACCUGGAGAACAGUAAUGGACAGGUGAGGAGACCUGGAGAACAGUAAUGGACAGGUGAGGAGACCUGGAGAACAGUAAUGGACAGGUGAGGAGACCUGGAGAACAGUAAUGGACAGGUGAGGAGACCUGGAGAACAGUAAUGGACAGGUGAGGAGACCUGGAGAACAGUCAUGGACAGGUGAGGACACCUGGAGAACAGUAAUGGACAGGUGAGGAGACCUGGAGAACAGUAAUGGACAGGUGAGGAGACUUGGAGAACAGUAAUGGACAGGUGAGGAGACUUGGAGAACAGUAAUGGACAGGUGAGGAGAUCUGGAGAACAGUAAUGGACAGGUGAGGAGACCUGGAGAACAGUAAUGGACAGGUGAGGAGACUUGGAGAACAGUAAUGGACAUGUGAGUAGAACAGUAAUGGACAGGUGAGGACACCUGGAGAACAGUAAUGGACAGGUGGGGAGACCUGGAGAACAGUAAUGGACAUGUGAGUAGAACAGUAAUGGACAGGUGAGGAGACCUGGAGAACAGGUGAGGACACCUGGAGAACAGUAACGGACAGGUGAGGAGAACAGUAAUGGACAGGUGGGGAGACCUGGAGAACAGUAAUGGACAGGUGAGGAGACCUGGAGAACAGUAAAGGACAGGUGAGGAGACCUGGAGAACAGUAAUGGACAGGUGAGGAGACCUGGAGAACAGUAAUGGACAGGUGAGGAGACUUGGAGAACAGUAAUGGACAGGUGAGGGCACCUGGAGAACAGUAAUGGACAGGUGAGGACACCUGGAGAACAGUAAUGGACAGGUGAGGAGAACAGUAAUGGACAGGUGAGGAGACCUGGAGAACAGUAAUGGACAGGUGAGGACACCUGGAGAACAGUAAUGGACAGGUGAGGAGACCUGGAGAACAGUAAUGGACAGGUGAGGACACCUGGAGAACAGUAAUGGACAGGUGAGGAGAACAGUAAUGGACAGGUGAGGAGACCUGGAGAACAGGUGAGGACACCUGGAGAACAGUAAUGGACAGGUGAGGACACCUGGUUCUGUUUGGUUCUCUACAGUAUAUCUGAUUGGGUGUUUGGUUCUCUACAGUAUAUCUGAUUGGGUGUUUGGUUCUCUACAGUAUAUCUGAUUGGGUGUUUGGUUCUCUACAGUAUAUCUGAUUGGGUGUUUGGUUCUCUACAGUAUAUCUGAUUGGGUGUUUGGUUCUCUACAGUAUAUCUGAUUGGGUGUUUGGUUCUCUACAGUAUAUCUGAUUGGGAGUUUGGUCUUGUGAUAUGUUUAUGAACAUACCGAAACUCCCCUCC